CAAUGUCAAAGAUGGGAUUGUUGGGAGCCAUAGGCUUUUCUUUAGCCUUGGUGACUCUAACUCAGAUACCAAGUAGGGCAGAAGGAUGCAAAAUUUUAUCAGCAACUGCCUCGGGCCCCUCAUCUAUUCUGGUAAAAUGGGAGAGAGUCAGUGGGGCUACAAACUAUCUUCUGGACCUACGGGUGAAAGGCAACAAUCAAAUUGCACCAGUCGUUGUGUCUGUUAAUGCAGCCACUACACAGAAAGACAUCCAGGGUCUGAGACCAGGGAAGAAUUAUACUGUGACUCUCAAAGUCUUUCAGUUUCUUACUAAUGUGCUGUGUGAAGAUACUAUUGCGGCAUCCACAGUACCUGACUCAUCACAGAUAGUUGUCGGCUACGCAGUAUCAAGUACUUCAAUUUAUGUGGAAUGGACAUCAGUACCGUCAGCGGAGCACUACUAUCUGACGGUGCAGGAGAACAGCAUGACGGAAAACUUAAACUUCUCCUCCACUAAAACCAGUGGCUUAGUGGAAAACCUCAAACCUUCUACACACUAUAACUGCUACGUUUAUACAGCUAACAGUGCUGGCCUGGGACGAAGAAGUAAAGUGAGAACCAUCCUCACCCUGGUGCAACCUCCAGUGGCUAUUAAAGUGGAACAGACGGGCCAGUUCACAGCUAGGGUGUCAUGGCAGCCCGUGGAGGAUGUCCUGAUGUACAAAUUUUCCAUCCAGAACAUUGCCAAUUCCAUCAGCCAGCGGACUGUUCAGAACGUUACAAAUGUCUACCUGGAUGUCAAUGACAUCUUCCCUUGUUCCACCUAUCUAAUAUCAGUCUCCUCGUACAACCUUUUUUUGAUUCCGAGCGAGCCCAACAACUACACAUACAGCACCAACACUCUGGCAACAGUUUCAUCAGUUACGGCGAACUACAAGUGUAGCCUCAACACUGCCACUGUGAGUUGGAUGUCUGUGUUUGGUGCCACCUCUUACAGUGUAAAGGCAAUUGGUGAUGAUGGCGAUGAGCUGACGUGCACAAGCGAAGGCAGCAGUUGUCAAAUCAGUGGCAUGGGCUGUGGUCAGAGUUAUGUGGUGCAUGUGACACCCAUGUCUCUGAACUGCAGGGACACGGAGAGCACAACAACCACUUUCCACACUGUGGCCUGUCCACCUCAGGAUCUGCAGUUGCAUCGAGACUGUGCCAGUCAUGUUAUUACAUUCAGCUGGAGUGAAAGAGAAAAUAGCCACCACUACAUAGCCACAGCAGUGGACUCUAAGGGAGCCGUCCAGACUUGCAUGACAGAAGAAAACAUGUGUGUUUUCGCAAACACAAACUGUGGCCUGCUUUAUUCUUUCACAGUCAUCUCUGCCUAUAGUACUCCUCAGUCAGCAGAGACCUGUCAUAGUCUAACAAGUGCUGCUGUUGAGAUCGAAACAGCACCAUGCAUUCCUAGAAAUCUGCAAACAUCAUCCGAAUGCAGUUCGGACAUCCUGCUCAGCACAUGGGAUCUUGCAGAGGGGGCUCUACGUUACACGGUGAACGCCUAUGGCAACAAGGGAGAGGAUGCUACAUACAGCUGCAGCUCAGUGUCCAACAGUUGUGCAAUGACUGGUGUCUCCUGUGGGGAGUACUUGAGCAUUUACAUCACUGCUUCUAAUGACGAAUGCUCCAGUCCGCCUGCACUUGGGUCCUCACCUGACACAGUUCCGUGCAUCCCCACCAAUGUUGCAGCAGUGAGGGAUUGUGGAGCUGGCUCCCUCACAGUCACAUGGUCCAUAAGUCAUGGUGCAAUUUUUUAUGUGGCCAUCGCAGAGGAUAGUGAAGGCACCAUUCACCGCUGUAACUCCAUGGACAUAUCUUGUACCAUUGAGAACUUGAAAUGUAACACAGACUACGAAGUCUAUGUCUAUGCAUCCACAUCCUUGUGCGACAGCUCUGAUAGUGAGAGGGUUGCCAGCAAGACAGGUGCUUGCCCACCAACUGACGUCACAGCCACCCUGGACUGUAUGGCCAACGAGGCACUAGUUUCGUGGCAAGAUGACUCUGAUAUGAGCUCGUUCACAGCCACCAUGGAGGAUGAUGAACAAGCACUAUUAAGCUGUAACUCUGUCACAACCAGCUGUCGCAUUGAAAACCUGGAAUGUGGAAAGAACUAUGCCGUCACUGUCCAACAUCAUGACAGUAUGUGCCCUGGAAUGCCUUCUGAGGUCUUCAACUUGGAUUCUGUUCCUUGUGGGCCGGCCAACAUGGAGGCAGAUGUGGACUGUGCAUCUGGUGGUAUAACUGUCAGCUGGGAUCCAUCCCCCAAUGUAGUGGGUUACACAGCGGUGGUCUCAGAUGGCACCGCUGAGACAAGUCACGAAAUAACCGAACCCAUGCUCACCAUCGCUGCUCAGGACUGUGGACAGCAGUACACAGUUAGCGUGGUGUCCAAGAGUCUGUCCUGUGUCAGCUUUCCCUCUGUCUUUUCCGUCAGUGAAGCACCAUGUGCACCAACCAAUGUUGUGGCAGAGAGAAACUGUGGCAAGAGUUUUAUGGAAGUGACCUGGGAUGCAAGCCAAGGAGCCAAAAAUUACAUUGUUACUGCUGUAGGUAACGACGGAAGUCACUUGGAAUGUGUGUCCAAUGAGACGUCCUGUGACGUUGAGGGUGUAAGUUGUAGCCAGGUUUACAGCAUCAGUGUGGCCGCCACAGAUGACACCUGUAGUGGCCCAGAGAGUCCGCAGGUGCAACAAAUCACAGCACCCUGCCCUCCAACUGAACUUACCGUUUCCAUGGACUGCAGCAGCAGCAACUCUGCAGUGUUAACCUGGGGCAGCAGCCAGAAUGCUGUGUCGUACACUGGCAAAGCAGAGUCUCCAGAUGGGCACAUUGUGCUCUGUGAAACUGCAACAGAGGUCACCUGCCAGAUAGAUGGUCUGCACUGUGGCAAGGAGUACAACUUCACUGUGUCAGCCUCAGAUGGUUUCUGCCAGACUCCUGACAGUGAUCCAGUCAUCCUGAGCACUGCUCCAUGUACUGUUCAGGAUGUGCUUAGUCACGUAGACUGCAGCAGCAACUCCCUCAUCGUCAGCUGGUCGCCUGGAUCCAUGCCUCUUACCUACAGCGUCACCGCCCAGGAUGGGGAUUCAAACACGCUGAGUUGCACUACAGAAGAAUCUACUUGUGCAGUGACUGGUCUGGAGUGUGGAGAGCAGUACACAGUGACAGUCCAAGCUGCCAGUGGCCGUUGUGAAGGGGAAAGCAGUGUUGCACAGACAGUUGAUUCUGUUCCCUGUGUUCCUGAAAAUGUCCAAGCUGCCGUGGUUUGUUCCACUAACACCUUACAUGCUACUUGGGAUGCACCAUGCCCAACAUGUGACGUGUCAUUUAAUGCCACCCUGACCGGAGAGGGAGGUUUUACUGCUUCUUGUGCCACACAUAGCACAGAAUGCGAUUUCCAUGAUCUUCAGUGUGCAGAGACAUACACACUGAGUGUGGUUGCUGUGAGCGACACUUGUAACAGCUUUUACAGUGAUGCAGUAACAAAGCCCACUGCACCUUGUGACCCUUCAAAUGUGGACACGAACAUUGACUGCUCUACUGGUGCUGCAACGGUGACAUGGGAAGCCGGUGCUGGAGCAGAGCUUUACACAGUCGUGGCUGAGGCUAACGGACACUUUGACUCCUGCAUAUCUUUAAGCACAUCCUGUGACCUGACCAAGCUACAGUGUGGAGAGGAAUACACAAUAAUCGUACUAGCAGGGGAUGGGACUUGCAACAGCUCUCUACUUGCCACAACUCACGUGACCACCGCUCCAUGUGCUCCAGUGAUAUCCAGUCAUGAGGUGGACUGUGUCUCUAACACGGCCUUGGUGAUCUGGGAUGAGGAUGCAAAUGCUGAGAGUGUUACAGUCACAGCAACUUCACAGGACAAUGGAGACACCGUUUCAUGCUCCUCGUCAGACACCAGCUGUAUUCUGCAGGGUCUACUGUGUGGACACACCUACAAUGUCCAGGCUGCUGCCCAAGGAGCCAACUGUUUGAGUGAUUCAAGCACAACAACUACCAUUGUCACUGCUCCGUGCACACCGACAAAUGUGCAAUACACAUACAGCUGUGAUAACGAAGCUAUUGUCACUUGGGACGACACACUGGGAACAGAGGAGUUCCACGUCGUACUGCAGUCUGCAGAACAUGAAACAUCCUGUGUCAGCCCGGAUCUUACGUGCACCGUUUCUUCACUGCGUUGUGGAAGCACAUAUGAUGUGACUGUGACAGCUAAAGCUACGCACUGUGACAGCAAUGUGCCGGGGGUAGCACAGAUAGUGACAGCCCCCUGUCCCCCUGAAGAUGUCAACACUACCCUACUGUGUGACAGCAACACUGGAGUUGUGACCUGGAAGGAAAAUGUCGAUGUACUUUCAUACGUUGUAACAGCGGUGGCUGGGGAUGGAGACACAAAGGAGUGUUCCAGCACUGACACUAGUUGUAACCUGUCAGAGUUAAAAUGCGGCCAGAACUAUGCUGUCACUGUCACUCCGUCCUCUAGUCAGUGCAGGGGUGAACCAAGCGCUGAGUUUACAUUACAAGCAGCUGCCUGUCCUCCCACCAAUGUUCAAGCCUCACUGCAGUGUGAGGGUAACUUGGGUCUUGUGAGCUGGAAUCCUGUGCAAGGUGCAGAAGAAUAUGUGGUCAUAGCCAUGGAUAAUCACGAACACACAUGCACGUCCACUGGCCUAGGAUGUUCUCUAACAGACCUGGAAUGUGGAGUGACAACGGUCAUCAAAGUGGUCACAGUGUUGGGCGGUUGUCGUGGUAACCCCAGCCUCCCUUUUGUCCUCCAAACAGCCAUCUGCCCUCCAUCCAGUGUGGUGGGAGAAACAAAUUGUGGCAACAAUGACAUUACAGUCAGCUGGGAACCCAUCCUUGUGACUGGUGUGACAUACCUCCUCACGUACGAAAGAGUUGGUGGUACCAGUAUCAACCACUUUACCGACCAGGCAUCUUUUGAACUCACAAACCUGCAGUGUGGUCAGCAGUACAGCUUCCAAGUGGCUGCUAAGGAUUCAGAGUGCAACAGCGCUUUGAGCGAGCUGAUUGAAGUAGAAACAGCUCCAUGUUCACCAACAAAUCUACAGGCCACUGCUGAGUGUGGCACAAAUCUGGGCAUAAUGACCUGGGAGCUGAGUCCAAACGCCGUCUCCUACACAGUUUCAUUAACUGGUAAUCACGGUCACCAAGUACAGUGUACUUCCAACACAACAACUUGCUCGGCGAAGUUAGACUGUGGACGUCAGUACACUGCUGUUAUUGUUGCCACUAGUGCCACUUGUGACAGCAUUCCGGCAGCACCACUGACAUUUGACUCAGCUCCAUGUCUUCCAGAGAAUGUAAAUGCAGCUCUGGAUUGCAGUGAUAACUCCAUCGCAGUGCAGUGGAGUGGGAGCUCUAAUGAUGUUAGCAUAUACACUGCCAUUGCUAUCGGCAGUGACGAUACCCGCCAGACUUGUGAUACGACCACCACGUCCUGCACCAUCCAGAACCUGAAGUGUGGCCUCACCUACAGCAUUGUAGUCACGACACCAGCGGUAAACUGCGGCACCAUUGAUGGCUCAGACUACACACUGCAGACAGCCCCAUGUACACCAACCAAUGUGAUGGUGGACCCACAAUGCAGUGGUAACAUGGCAGUAGUGUCGUGGAAAGAUACAGGACCAAACCAGGUUCAGGAAGUGAAUGCAGUGGACAGCCAAGGAGAUAUCACCACUUGCAGCUCUGGUGGCCUCAGCUGUACCUUGAAUGACCUGAUCUGUGGAGAGACCUAUGCUAUCAGCGUGGACAGUCGAACAGAUUCGUGCAGCAGUGAACCAACUGCGACCAUAACACUGAACAUAGCUCCAUGCGUUCCUACCAAUCUUCAAAGCAAUGUGGACUGCUGGACCGAUGUCACCACAGUUACAUGGGAUGCUGCACUUGGUGCAACAUCUUACACAGUCUAUGCCGAAGGCAGUCUUGGUCACUCCACUGAUAAAAAUGUCCCGGUCACUACCUGGGAUUUCGCUGACCUACAAUGUGGACAGGACUACAUCAUCACUGUAGUGGCUCACCGUGGAUCCUGUAACAGUUUGGUCAGUGAGUCCAUCAGUGUAACCACAGGCCCUUGCCCACACACUGAACUCCAGGUCAAUCUGGAUUGUGACAGCAACACAGCCGUCAUGUCCUGGACCCCUGGAAGGGGCGUGCUGUCUUACACUGCCAGGGCUAUUGACUCCGAUUCUGCACACAACCAGUCCUGCUCCACUGACGCCUCUUCCUGUAACAUCACCUCCCUGCUCUGUGGACACAGCUACAUGGUGAGCGUCACCGGAGAGGGACAUACCUGUAUGCGUCAAGCCAACUGGUGGCAGGAGGUCCUCACAGCCCCGUGCGCUCCCACUGAUGCCAUUGCCACUGCCACCUGUGAUUCAACCAGCAUCUCAGUGUUGUGGCAGGCUUCAGCAGGCUCUGUCUCUUACAUGGCUAUGGCUGAGGGUGACAAUGGCCAAAAGUGGUCCUGUAACACCACAAACACCGACUGCUUGAUAACAGGUCCACAGUGUGGACAACAGUACCAGGUCUAUGUUGUUGGUGUGAAUAAUGGUUGUUUUGGACCAACAAAUCUUAUAUUAGAUUCAGCUUUCUAA